AUGGCGUCCCGGCGGUUAGCUCUCAACCUCACCAAGGGGCUGCGCAACCGCGCUCCCCUCAACACAGUCUCGCAAUUGAAGAGAGGAUACGCCAGCCCGGUCGUGAAAAAUGGCGUGAAGACCGAGUCGACCACACUGUCCAACGGACUGACGAUUGCCACCGAGCACUCGCCGUGGGCCCAGACGUCGACUGUCGGGGUAUGGAUUGAUGCUGGAUCUAGGGCAGAGACAGACAAGACGAACGGCACCGCCCACUUCUUGGAGCAUCUUGCCUUCAAGGGUACCAGCAACCGGACGCAACAGCAAUUGGAGCUGGAGAUAGAGAACAUGGGUGGCCACUUGAACGCCUACACAUCCCGCGAGAAUACUGUCUACUACGCAAAGGCCUUCAAUUCCGAUGUCCCCGCGACAGUCAACAUCCUUUCCGAUAUCCUCCUAAACUCCAAGCUCGAGACCUCGGCCAUCAACCGGGAACGCGAUGUUAUCCUGCGGGAGUCAGAAGAGGUUGACAAGCAAUUGGAGGAAGUUGUCUUUGACCACCUACAUGCGACUGCUUUCCAAGGCCAACCUCUAGGACGUACCAUCCUCGGCCCAGCCGAGAACAUCCAAACCAUUUCCCGAGACGACCUGACCAACUACAUCAAGACCAACUACACUGCCGAUCGUAUGGUCCUGGUUGGUGCUGGUGGCAUCCCUCACGCGCAACUCGUUGAGCUUGCCGAGAAGAACUUUUCCACUCUUGCGACGGCGCCUUACACAAGUUCCGCCGCAUCGGUUGCUGCAGCCCAAAAGAAAAAGCCAGAAUUCGUAGGCUCUGAGGUCCGGAUCCGUGAUGACACUAUCCCGACUGCCAACAUCGCCAUCGCUGUGGAGGGUGUCAGCUGGAAGGAUGAUGAUUACUUCACUGCUCUUGUCACCCAAGCAAUCGUCGGAAAUUGGGACAAGGCUAUGGGUAAUGCUCCUCACAUGGGCAGCAAGCUCAGCGGUUUCAUCCACAAGAACGACCUGGCCAACAGCUUCAUGAGCUUUUCCACAAGCUACAGCGACACUGGACUCUGGGGUAUCUACCUUGUCACUGACAAGCUGACCACUAUUGACGACCUUGUCCACUUCACACUUCGCGAAUGGUCUCGCCUCUCCUAUAACGUUACCGAGGCUGAAGUUGAGCGCGCCAAGGCUCAGCUGAAGGCAUCCAUCCUCCUGUCUCUUGACGGCACCACGGCAGUCGCGGAAGACAUUGGACGCCAAAUCAUCACUACCGGCCGCCGCAUGGGACCCGAGGAGAUUGAGCGCGUUAUCGGAGCCAUCACGGAGAAGGACGUUAUGGAUUUUGCGCAAAGGAAGCUUUGGGAUCAGGACAUUGCUGUCAGCGCGGUCGGCAGCAUCGAGGGUCUGCUGGAUUACAACAGAAUCAGAAAUGACAUGUCGAGAAACGCGUAG